AUGAAAUCCUUUAACCUCCUAUAUACUCUCUUUAUCUCAUCGCUCUUUUGCCCUGUGCUUUCCGCUUUUCUGCUGUUACACUUAUUACUAAACACUCUCCAGGGACAUAAUGAUUAUAGAGUUGUUAAAGAGGGUAGUGAGACAUUGGUUUAUACGAAUGGCUACAAAAAUGGCCGAGAUGCUGUUACUAUGGUGGCGAUCAGCAGCAACAAAAUUAUGGUCAAGACAGCAUUUAACGCUUACGACAACACCAACAAUCGACUCUACCUAAGCCAGAUCUUGAUGGCACUGUGGAGCAACGCAGGGAAAUCAAAGUCGAACUUGCGCUACCUUGCCUGGGAGAACGUCAACAAUGACCCAGUUACUGACGCACUUGAGGGCGCAAGGGACUUCUUAGAUUUGGGGGAGAACGAUGACUUUGUUCUGGAUGUCAGCAGCGCGGAUGCGGACAUCUGGGAGACUUUUGAACUUACAGCUUUUGGAAGAGUGGCGACUAGAAUUUGUAGAGAGACCAGGAAAUCAGUCAAGAAAAUUCAUGUAGAUAACAACAGAGGCGAGGAAACAGUUACUUGGGAGAUGAGAUAG